ACGCUAUACAGUGUACCAGUAAAGGAGUGGUGAGCAUGAGCACAGCACACACUGUAUUCCUUUGUAUGCGCGGCAGUGCCCGACUGCAGCCUAAACCGCUCGCUCUUACGGCGUAAUUAUGAGUAAAAGACGAAAAGUUGGAUUAUGACACAAAACGGCUGGCUCGCGACGCGCCACUCCCUAAAAUCAACGAAGAACGCACAAGUAAGCGCAUGAGGAAUCCCUGUGCACAUUUUCAUGGAUAUUUUCCGGAUGCGCGCAGCUUCAAAACAACUUGGGAAGGUUGACUUUUUAUUUCAAUGCAUGCUUUAAUGCAUUAGAGUUACAAAAAUAAAUACGUGAAUGCCUUUAGCACAGCUAUUGCAUGGGCAUGCUUUGAUCAAGAGAGGAACCUACAGUAUAUUGCUGAAGCAUGUCACUGCAGGCACCUUGCGAUUGCUUGCUUGGGUUAAAACACUGAGCACAGCCGGUGUGAUGUGUUUAUCGUGGGUGCAUGAGCUUGUAUCCUGAAUAUGUUUCCAAAAAUCACAAAACCUUAUUUUGGGGCGAUUGAAUGACACGUUUAAAGGGACGUCGUAUUUGCGGGGAAAAAUCAUGACUGGGAACGUAUUUGAAACGUGAUGCUCUUGUACCCAUAAGAUGACAUGGGCACCUUUUGCUCAACAACAAGAUGUUGCCACUCCUCAGAGCAUCAAUUUGGCCGACUAACUCGAGUGGCAACACGUAUUCAGGCAAUUUCUUGUGGUAAAUGUUACUAUGUUGUGUGAUGUGAGCAUGUCUGAGGCGACGCCCAGCGCAACCAGCUGCCCUGUUUCUUUGCAGAUCUCUGAAUUGAGUCGAGGCAACACUCCCGCUGUUGCAGAAAACGUCACAUCUUAUGAGGACACAGGGGGCGUCAGAUUUUGCUGACCUUAGCAUCUUUGGACCGUUGCAAUGGGAAGCUUAUGAAAAUAACACCUUAAGGCUGCUUCGUUUAUUUAAGACAUGGAGCUGUAUGUAAUCCGUUCGUGCUGAAGGCUGCGGUACGGGUGGAUAUAUUCGAGUCCAGCGCAGCAGUUCUGGCGCAGCGGGCGGGUGGAAGACCUGGAUCAUUGCAGUACCUGUAAUGAAUGCAAGCUGAAAGACAGCUGUCCCUGGACACGAGACGUUUAUUGGUUCUGCUGGUGUCAUGUAAACAAGCCGAUCGACACAAUCAUUUUGCACAUGAUUUUCCCGGCGCUUCGACGAGGCUUGUAUGCAGCGUUUCCUGGAUUUGAACACAAAUGAGAGGUGUCAACGAGUAAGAGGCCCACAAUUUCCUUGUUUUUUUCAGGCACCACACCGUAGCAUCCUGACCACAAAUAGCAGGUUGCAUUCAUUCACAGAAUGACUGUUGCCACAGGCGACCCAGUUGAUGAAGCCGCAGCACUUCCGGGUCAGCCACAGGACACAUAUGACCCGGAACCGGACCAUGACUGCUGCGAAAGGGUGGUCAUUAACAUCUCUGGCUUGCGUUUUGAGACGCAGCUCAAAACUCUGUCUCAGUUCCCAGAGACGCUGCUCGGGGACCCCAAAAAGAGAAUGCGCUAUUUUGACCCGCUGAGGAACGAGUACUUUUUUGACAGGAACCGCCCGAGUUUCGAUGCAAUUCUCUACUACUACCAAUCGGGCGGCAGGCUUCGAAGGCCCGUCAAUGUGACAUUGGAUAUUUUUUCAGAGGAAAUACGUUUUUACGAGCUUGGGGAAGAAGCCAUUGAGAUUUUUAGAGAGGAUGAAGGAUUUAUCAAAGAGGAGGAGAAGCUUCUGCCGGAAAACGAGUUUCAAAGGCAGGUCUGGCUGCUGUUUGAGUAUCCUGAAAGUUCAGGGGCUGCCAGGAUUAUCGCUAUCAUUUCAGUCAUGGUCAUUCUCAUAUCUAUAGUCAGUUUUUGCCUGGAGACACUUCCAAUUUUCCGCAAUGAGGAAGUUGACACGCAAAAAGAUUCCACAAGCAACUCCAACUCAACAGUUAUCUACACCUCCAGCUACUUUACUGACCCUUUUUUCAUCCUGGAGACCCUGUGCAUCAUUUGGUUCUCAUUUGAGUUCUUGGUUCGGUUCUUUGCGUGUCCCAGUAAAGCAGGCUUUUUUGUCAAUAUAAUGAACAUCAUUGAUAUUGUGGCUAUAAUACCUUACUUUAUCACCUUGGGCACCGAGCUAGCAGAGAAGCCAGAGGAUGGUCAACAAGGACAGCAAGCCAUGUCACUUGCCAUUUUGAGGGUCAUCCGAUUAGUACGAGUAUUCAGGAUCUUCAAACUUUCCCGGCACUCGAAAGGCCUGCAGAUCCUCGGCCAGACGCUCAAGGCAAGCAUGAGGGAGCUCGGGCUACUCAUCUUCUUUCUUUUUAUCGGAGUCAUUCUCUUUUCUAGUGCCGUCUACUUUGCGGAAGCAGACGAGCCAGACUCGCAGUUUAUAAGCAUACCUGAUGCGUUCUGGUGGGCAGUUGUCUCCAUGACGACAGUGGGGUACGGUGACAUGGUACCGACUACCAUCGGAGGCAAAAUUGUAGGAUCCCUGUGCGCUAUUGCCGGUGUGCUGACUAUCGCCUUGCCCGUACCUGUCAUAGUCUCAAAUUUCAACUACUUCUACCAUAGGGAGACUGAAGGUGAAGAGCAGGCCCAGUACCUCAAUGUGACCAGUGUCCCCAAGGUAGAUUCCUCUGAGGACUUAAAAAAGAGCCGCAGCGGGUCAACUAUGAGUAAGUCCGACUACAUGGAAAUUCAAGAGGCUGUUAACAACAGCCACGAGGACUUCCGAGAGGAGAACAUCAAAACCGGCAACUGCACGCUUACCAACACUAACUACGUUAACAUCACCAAAAUGCUCACAGAUGUAUAACUGCUUCGAACUGCCUCUACCUAGAAGGUAGGAAGAAGAGCUUUGAGUAGGGGAUUAUACACCCCAGUUUUGAAGGCUUAGAUGCCCAGUGCAAGAGUUUUGCAACAGGAGAACUGAAAUAAGUCAGUUUGACCGGAAGGAUCAACGAAGAAGACCAGUCCAUCAUUUCAUCCCAUUUCCUUCGCGCUCCUCCUCCAGUUGUGGAAAACUUGAUUGGUGGGGAGCGUUGUUCUGCAUCCUUGUGUUCAGUGUCUGCAUGGAGUUUGUCUAGUCUGUGUGACUGUUCUAGUAGUCAUUCUGCUUGCAACAGUAGCCAAAUCGUAGCCUAACAAAAAGAUAGCGUAGCCUAGAGGGACCAAUACCUAAAGCCAAUUCCCUCAUUCACUGCCAACCGGAGGACUCCUGCUGAGCAUCCCAGAGUGUAUCUGUACUUUUGGGAAAAACAACAACUUUGUCUCUCCAAAUUGUAAUCAGUUGCAUAAAAGACAUAGAGGAGAAAACACAUUUGGGAGUAUUCAUGAUGAAGGAUGUAUGUCUCCGUGAAUGCACAAAUAUGCUGCUUGCUCUGCCAGCAACAACAGCAUACCGAAAAUUUUACAUUCCAUCUUGUUACGGAGACAUACAUGCACAACCAACCUGGAGGAGUUAUUACAAUGCCCCCUUUUCUGUAUGUCCCUAUUUUCCUCUUUCUCUGCCAGGGUGGAUCUCAGUGUGUUUCAUAUUACAGAAAAUAGACUUACAAGUGGAGUGAAGAUAGUCCUGUUUUGAAGUAGUCCUCCAUACUUACCAUCACGUUUUUGUUUCACUAUAAAGCAUGACUAGUCCUUCACUGCAUAAUUUUCCCAUCACUUCCUGUUCCCAGCAUUGUAAGACUUCAUAGCAUUCCAUGUGUAUGAGAAAUGAUCUAAUCCUACAAGCACUGACAGGGGUUGCAAGAGUGUAGAUAUUUUAACUGUGACAUAGCAGCCAACAACAGUAAAACACUAGCUUACUAAGUCAGGGCACCAAAGAUAAAAUCCACUGCCGCUGUUUAAAGCAUUUAUGUUGUUUUCACAUUUUAGUGCCAUUUCAUGGUGCAUCUUGCUCUAGGGUUGGGCCAAUAGACAAUGUCAUCGUCCAUCGCCAUUGGCUAACAGACAUCACAAUGUUGAGCGGCAUCAUGAUUCCACCCUCUCCCUCAAAAAGCAUCUUAAUCACAAUAUAUUGACCAGUGCAAUGCAAGUUUUUUAAUUUCCGCGCAGUUACUUCAAAUAUUUAAAAAAAAUUCUGAUUAUAUAAUGACAUAAUGAACUUGUUCCCGAUCACAAUAUAAUUAUAUUCAAAACUGUUCAAUGAUGUCCAGGAACGGGUGUCGCGUUUGGCCAUAUUUGCCUUCCAUCUGCUCCAAGAUGAUGCGCUUCAGGUCGACUGUAAGAGCAUCCUGCUCUGACUCCCUCAGGACACCUUUCAGGUGGGCUAACAUGGGCACAAGUGAGGAAACAGUAACACAGUUUUCUCCAGAGAGAAUAUUUGUAAACUCAGCUACUGGCUUUAACCUGCUGUUACCCGCUUCCAGAACGGAGUGGGCGGUGACUUUUAUCCUGCUUGUACUUGCUCCAGGAUUCUCUCAUUUGCUGUUUGGAGCCCUGAAUGAUACACAAAAAUGAAUUUUCGAUUAAGAAUCUAAAAAUCUGAAAACUGUUUUUCUAUGCACAUAUUUAAAAUAGGGAAUAAGAAUAAUGACUAUGAAAUAUAAAACUCAAAUUCAUUCUUUUAUCAUUAUUUUUACUCCCCAUUUAUAAUUUGUGCAUAGAAACAAUAAUAUUAAAAACAUAAUUUCCAUUGCUAUUUUCGUAUCUUUUGGCACGCUCCGAAGCAGUUGACCAAAAAGAGCUAUGCGGAGCAGAUGUCCGAGCAUUAAAACAUUAAAUUGAAUGUUUCCCCGAUGUCAUCGUCCAUCGCAAUGUUUAAUUGUAGACAUUGUCUGAUGCCAAUUUGGUAGACAUUGCCCAACCCUAUCUUGCUCAUAAUAUGAUGCUGGAGAAUCUGGAUAAAAGUUGUAUGAAAGUACUUCCUUGAAUAGCAUUUUUAAGAGAUAACAAAUAUUCUGCUACUUUUGUGAUGCAUGUCUGGUACACAUUCCUCGUAGCAUGCAUGUAGGCCUAGUAAGAAUAAUGCUUACGCACAAAACUAGUAAUAAGUAUUCAUAUCUUUAUCGAUACAAAUAUUUCUCUCUGUGUAAUUAACCGUGCAAUAUUAUAAAUGCUUGUUUUUUAAGGUCGGACAAUUUUACAAAUAGUUUUCAAUGUUAAUAGGCUAUUACAUUAGUUAAUAGGCAUUUUCAGGGUCUAUUAUCCUUUGGUUGGUUGAUCUAUGGAAAGAGAGUAUGUUGUACCAAUUAUGAGUUGUUCAAAGCACCACAUUUUGAUAUGGUCUUAAAAACUUUAAAAAGCUAUUUUUAUACCUUAAUUACAAGGAAUUUGGAUGUAGCAUUUGUUUUUUUUUAGAUUACAUCAUUACAGCGAUGUAAUGUAAUGACAAGUCUUUAUAAUUGCAGCUUUGGUUAGAAGUUAAAGACCCCAUGAAAUUUUACAUUGCCGAAAUGUAUAUUCUACUCAUUCUACUCAUUUUAAGUUUUUGCCGGUAUGCAAAUUUAAAAUGUCUUUGCUGAAAAACCAAAGUAUUGUGGAUAUCAUCUCCUGCACAAAAGCAUAUAACAAUUUUGGCCUAAAAUGUUCCCUACAUACAGUCCUUCCGUUUACGCUAUUCCGCAAUCAAGGAACACAGUACAAAAUCAAUAAAAUAUUGUGUUUUUUGCAAUUUUGCAUAAUUUGUCAUUAUAUUGCAAAAUAAUGGCAUAAAUUAAAUGAUCUAAGGAGCUGUUUAUACCUGUUAUUAAGAUGCGUUUUGGUCAAUCGGAUCCCAAGUGGACAAGAGACUGGUAUUAUAAUCUUUUUUAUAGUCUUUUUUUGUCCACUUUCGACCACUUCUGCAGAUUUUCUGAGGGAGUGAUCUGCUGUCUUUUAAACAUGAGUGGGAGAAAUGAUGGGUUGAAAAUGAUGCGAAGUAAUAUUAGGUCAGAGUCCACUGCUUGUGUUAAGUGCUUUCUUUAAUAUUUCAGAGCAACUGAUGAAUAAGCUUGCGCAACUGUCAAACGCUUGCAAAAUUAAACAAAUGAAAGAGGCGGAGAGCAGCCGCUUCAGUUUAUUAUGGCGCUUUUCCAUUGCAUAGUACCCCACGGUUUAGUUUAGUUUGGGUCGGGUCAGCUCACCUCACUUUGGCGUGGUUAGCUUUUCCAUCAAGUUUAGUAUCACUUUGCAGUGGGAUGGAUUAUAGGCGUGUCGUUAUAUUUGCGCUGCCUGCUGUGACAUCAUACAAGUGAGAGCGUUGUUGUAUUUUCCCAUACAGUUAUUUAUUUCUCAGUCCGCCACAAAAUUAAAAUUGACCACCACAAACAGAUGUUUGCACAUCGCGU